AUGGUCGACUACGCGCGCGAAACUGUGGCUAAGCUGCAAGAAAUCCUCAAGUCCCGCCAACUGCCUACCUCCGGCAAGAAGGCUGAGCUCAUCGAGCGCUUGCGCGCAGCCGACCAAGCUGCCGAGGCCAGCGGUACGCAUACUCAUAGCUCUGGUAUCUCGUCACCUUCAUCGCAACUGACAUAUCCUGCAGAAGCCGAAGCCGCUCCACCUGCGCCUGCAGUAACCUCCGCGCCGCCCCAGCAAACACCCGAGACUAUUGUGCAAAAGCCCACUGCCCCGGAGUCCGGACCCGCAGACACCACCGAGACUGUGACUGAGUCUGUCGCGCAGCCCGCUGCUGGUGAUGCUGCAUCCACUACAGAUGCCACCCUCGCGGCAUCAGCAAGCUACUCGCUCCAACUACCUACCUCCAACAUAGACGACGAACUGGCCAAACGCAAAGCCCGCGCUGCACGGUUCGGCACUAGCACGGAGACUGCCACUGCUGAAGAUCCGUCCGCGGAACAGACCAAGGCGCUGGAGCGUGCGAAGCGCUUUGGCGUGGAGCAGAGCGAAACGGCGAUUGGCAAGCUUGAUGGAGCACUAUCGAACGACGGGCCGAAGGGACGGAGAAGAGGACCUGCUAAAGACGGAGAGGCGGCGGCAAACGACGAUCCAGGCUUGUUGAGGAGAGGCCGUGGCGGGCGCUUCCGGGGCCGGGGCAGAAGUCGGAGGGAGGGGAGCGCUGGGGCGCGGCCCACAGGUGUGGACAAGAGAUCGGCUCUGAGUUCAGUGGACCGGGCAGCGGCAGAGGCGAGGAAGCAGCGAUUCGCACAGCAGGGAUGA